CGAUAAGAGCGCCAUCUACAUCGUUUCGACGAGCAAGCGUGGCUAAUCAAAGCACCAAAAGAAAAAUGAGCAGUUCCGAGGAGGUAUCUUGGAUAUCGUGGUUUUGUGGCCUCAGAGGAAAUGAGUUUUUCUGUGAGGUCGAUGAAGAUUAUAUUCAGGAUAAAUUUAAUUUAACAGGAUUGAACGAACAAGUGCCACACUACAGACAAGCACUAGAUAUGAUAUUAGAUCUCGAGCCUCAUGACGAUUUAGAUGACAAUCCAAACCAAUCAGAUCUGAUUGAACAGGCUGCAGAAAUGCUUUAUGGUCUCAUUCAUGCACGUUACAUUCUUACAAAUCGAGGAAUUGCUCAAAUGAUUGAAAAGUAUCAAGCUGGUGAUUUCGGCCAUUGUCCGCGUGUAUAUUGUGAAUCCCAACCAAUGUUACCUCUGGGUCUUAGUGAUGUUCCUGGUGAAGCUAUGGUCAAGAGUUAUUGCCCUAAAUGUAUGGAUGUCUAUACACCUAAAAGUUCUAGGCAUCAUCAUACCGAUGGUGCAUAUUUUGGUACAGGAUUUCCACACAUGCUUUUCAUGGUUCAUCCCGAGUACAGACCGAAACGUGCAGCAAAUCAAUUUGUACCUAGGUUAUAUGGCUUUAAAAUUCAUCCAUUGGCAUAUCAAAUGCAGCAACAAUCUGCAUCGACCUUCAAAGCACCAUUACGAGCUCUUAAUUAUAAUAAUGGGAAACGCUAAGAGUACUUUGACAUACUUUAGACCAUUUUUCAUUACUCAUAAUGCAAUUCCUAAUUUCGUCCCUGCGAUUUAAAUAAAAUAUUAUUUUUUAUAUCUCUCUU